CAUGGACCCAAGGUGGAUAACCUGAUUAAUAAUAUGUGUGAAGUGUUCAAUGCAAAGGUAGUAAAAUACACAGUAAAACCUGUUUUGACAAUGUGUGAGGAGAUUAGGUGCUACUUAAUGAGAAGGAUGACCAAGCACAUUAGAUUGUUAGAACACCAUAGGGGUAAGUUAGCACCAGUUCAAGAGAAAAGGUUGCAGAUGAAGAUAAAACCAAGUAGUAGGUGGAUAGCUGAGUGGGUGGGGGACAAUGAAAGAAAAAGGUUUGAGGUAACCAGAAAGAAGACGAAAGUGGACGUGGAUCUAAUCAAGCACACCUGCUCAUGCAACACAUGGCAAUUGACUGGCAUGCCGUGCAUACAUGCUAUUGCUGCUAUCAGAAAGAGGCAUGACCAGGUUGAGGAUUACGUGCAUCCAUGGUUGUGUAUGGAGUCAAUUCACAAGACAUAUGCACAUUGCAUCAAGCCCGUUCCUAGUGAAGAAUUCUGGACCACAACUGAGCAACUGAGGCCUGUCCCGCCACCUAUCAAACGGCCUAUUGGGCGGCCAAAGGUGCACAACCGCAACAAGGACCCUGCUGAGGCUCAUAUUCAAGGAGAAAAGCUGAAAAGAAGCUUCCAGGUUACAUGUAGCAAGUGCAGCGAGAAAGGGCAUAAUUAUAAAACUUGUAAAGGAGCUCCAAGCAACCCGAACUGGAAACUAAAGAAGAAAAAACCCAAGAAGACAGUUGACAACUCACAAGCUCUGGUGCUGCUUCCCCUUUCACAAUCAGCCCCUCAACCAGAGGAUCAAAAUCAAUCACAGGGUGAAACAUUGGGUGAACCUAGUGCUGGGGAGGCAGCUGGGUCUGCACCAGUUCCUGCACUAUUUAUGGCCCAACCUUCAGCUCCAGCACAGACUCCAUUCAGACCUCCAUCCCAGCUGCCAAGAAUGGACCAACCAGACUCCAAUGCUGCUGCACAUACUUUCAGACCCAAGCAACCAAUUGUUCGACCACCAACAAGUGCAAAUCCACCACCAAAUCCAACACCACACACACACAAAACUCCAACCAGCAGGAGACCCUCGAAGGAGACCAUGAAAGCAGCUACCAGUGCCACAAAGAGAAUUCUCAAGCCUCAGAAGAAGUGAACAAAGCAGCAUGAUUUCUGUGUUUUUUUUUUUUUGGCUAGUUAUUAGCUUGACAUUAGACAAUGCUUAUUA